UAUAUUAAUAACAAAACUCACUAAAGUUACAACUUGCAGUGAAGUGCAUUACACUUUCAACCAUUUUAAAUUUUAUUAUUAAUUAAAUAAAAUGAAGCAGAAAUGCAAUGCAAUUUAAUUUAAUAAUGAACUUAAAUGUAAAUGCCAAGUAUGUAAAUAUUUGUCUGUAUUUACUUUUGUGUGUUGAUGUGUGAAGGACCUUAUGUUCAAAAGUUGCAAAACAAAAAACAUAUUUGCUGCUACCAACAAUCCCGAUGUUCUUCUAGUGCUUGAAGAUCUGCAAAGGAGACUGGCUGUAUGUGAGAAGGCACUAGUCAAAUACCUGGAGACCAAGAGAAUGGCUUUCCCAUGGUUCUAUUUCCUCUCUUUCGCAGACUUACUGGACAUCCUUUCUAAGGGCAGACAGCCCAGACAGGUUACCUGUCACCUGGGUAAGCUGUUUGACAGUAUGACUGAUCUGAAGUUUUCUGACAAGGAGGGGGAAAAGGCCACAGUAGCAGAGGGAAUGUUCAGCAGAGACAGAGAAUUUGUUCCAUUCUAUUCGCAGUGUGACUGCGUUGGACCGGUAAAACCCACAUUCAAAUCAAAUAGGCAUCUAAUUAAGUCAAACUCAGAAGUUAUUAAGUCAGGAAAUCCCUACUUACUCUCCGUCAAGAAAGCCCUGCCCAAAGAGGCUUAUGCACACUGUGCCACCUCCGCUUAG